AUGAGUGAUAAAGAGCAGCCUCCUGCCAAAAUUCCAAAAGUAAAUCCAGGACCUUCAGCAGGGAUAUCUUCUUCUAGGAGUGCUGGCAGCUCAAUCCUUGUUAAUUCUAAACAGAGAGGAAACCCACUGUUAAAAUUCAUAAAAAGUGUACCAUGGGAAUAUUCAGAAGUAGUUCCAGAUUAUGUGAUGGGUUCAACAACAUGUGCGUUGUUUUUGUCAAUAAAGUAUCAUCAGUUAAAUCCAGAUUAUAUACAUGAUCGUUUAAAAUUACUUGGGACUGCAUAUCAAUUACGCGUACUACUUGUUCAUAUUGAUGUGCCAGAACCAAAUCACGCGUUAAAACAUUUAACAAGAAUUUGUAUCCUAGCUGAUUUAACGCUGAUGUUAGCUUGGAGCAAUGAAGAUGCUGCUAGAAUUAUAGAAACUUAUAAAAUUUUCGAGUACAAACCUCCAGAGAUGAUUAUGGAACGUGGUGAUAGUGAUCCGCAACUGAAACUAAUAAGCGCAUUGACAUCAGUGAGAUCAGUCAACAAAACAGAUGCCUUGACAUUAUUGAGAAAUUUCGGAACAAUUACUGACAUUUUAAAAGCAUCACCAGAAGCACUUUCAUUGUGUCCAGGCUUUGGAAUUCAAAAAGCUAAAAGAUUGCAUAAAGUAUUACAUGAACCCUUUUUACGUAAUCCAAGUUCAAGUCCUGUAAAAUCUAAUUAA